CAUAAAAUUGCCUACUAGCAUUUUAUGGCUGCCUGCAAUGUCAUUGUUUACAUACAAAUGCUACUGUGACGUAUCUCGUCCUACUCGCCGGCUGCGAAGGAGGAGAGAGGGAUGAGAUGAACAACUUGUCCCGGACGCCAAGAAACUAUCCAGAAGACAAUCCAUUUCGAAAUCCUACUUGGGAAGAGAUCAUGGGAAACAGAGACAGAAUGGAGCCGCCUCACAUGCACCGGCCUGGGGUUCAUGAUGAAUUUUUUGGUCCUGGGGGACCUGAAGAUCACUUCACUUCAGUCUUUGGCCAAAUGGACAGCAUGUUUCAGCAGCUGGAUGCUAUGAUGCAAGGGCUGCAACAAUACCCUGGACAUUUUGUGAUUACAGAGGAGCCAGAAAAUCCAUCAGAAAAGCUAGCACCUCGAGAUUUUAUGCUAAAGGCACCUGACAGUGAUUUGGCAGGGGAACCAGGUCUUCCUCAGGACAGACCUUUAGAAGAGGAGACACAUGAAGGUCACAAGCACUGGGGUCCUCAUGGUUUCAGCGGUGGUUUUGGAGGCUUUGGAGGCUUCCAUGGGAGCAUACAUGGUGGUGUGAACGACCCAUUUCACAUGAUGGAGGAAUUUUUCCACAACUUUGGAAGACAUUUUGGAGGGUCGCCCUUCGAAGGACCACAAGGUGGUGGCCCUCCAAUGCUACCAGGGCCGGGCAUGGAUCAUUCUGACAGCAAUAGGGAUUCAGUGCUAAAGGAGGAUUCUGAUCUAGAUGACAGGGUCUCGGGUGGCCUUUCUCAGCUGCUGAAAGAAGGACCGCGAUAUGACUCCCUUAAUCCACAUGCAGGAAAUACACCUCUUGGCCCUCCAGAUGGCCGACAGCUUCAGCCUGGGAUUCAACACAGGUUCCAUUCGUCCACUAUUACCCGAAUUCGAAGACCUGAUGGGUCCAUCGAAGAGAUGAGAAAGUACCGCGACAGCACAGGUCGCGAAGAAGAGACUGUCACUCACUACCAGCCAGAAACGGAAGUCUCGCCGAGGAGCCUCCUAAAGCCAGGAGAAGGAGGGACAACGGAUGGACAGGAGGGGGACCAGCACCCUACUUCUGGACCGUCGAUCUUUUCGCGGCUCUUCACCCGAUAGAUUUUAUUGACAGUUAUCUUGGUUUUCGCACUCUAAAACAAUAUAUCUAUAUAUUUUGAAUGAUCUUCUGUAAUGAAGGAAUCAUCUUUGAAUAUUGUAUGAUUACAUGCAUAUGUAAGUAUACUAAAAAAAGAAAAAAUGAAAAAGCAAAAGCAAAGAAAGUAUAUGCAUAUUAAUCUUUUACACUUUAUUUAUUUUCUUCAGUCUUCUUGGCAUAAAGAUUUACAUAUGAACUCUUAAUAUAUAUGGGCUUGUAUAAACCAGUGAUAAAAGCUGUGGAAAAGUAUGUCUUUUGAGUGUUUGUUUUAGAACAAUAGACAGAUUCCUGGAUUGCUAUGGUUUAUCUCUAUAACAAGAAAUGUGUGAAUAUGUCAAAAUAAGUGUAAAUUUUUUUGUUUAGAAUGUCUUUUAUGUGAAAGAUGUAAUUAGUUGGUUGUUUUCUUGCUAAUAUGGUUGUAUCUAUAGUAAUGAGAUGGGGAUGAAUGUAAAAAUAAUAUCUUUUAUUAAUAAAUUAUAGAAAAAAA